AAGAUCAACGAAAACUAAAUUAAAGAGAAUUCGAUGAUUGCCAGUUCAAAUUUUGAAAUUUCAUGCUCUAAUUGUGUCUGGCAGACUCGCAGACAUACAUUAGAUAUGCAUUUUUGCAUUUCUGCACAUCAUUCACAAAUUGCAAAAUGCAAUGUGAACUAAUUAUACUGAGCGCACAAAUCACUUCAGUUGUACCAAGAAGAUGAUCAAGUCUGUUAUGUUCUAAGAACAGGCUCACUAAUCUGGGAGUCAUUCUACAAUCGAAUAUAAAUAGUCGGUUAUCCUGAACAUUCGCCACAGUUCAGUUUGGUUCUUCCAGAAAACUUGAAUCCAGCUCUACAAUCAUGAAGUUCGUCAUUCUGUUCGCCCUGUUUGCGAUGGCCAUUGCCCAGGAUAGUUAUCCCACCAAGUACGAUAACAUCGAUGUAGAUGAGAUUCUCAGCUCGGAUCGUCUCUUCAAGAAUUACUUCAACUGCCUGAUGGACGCGGGACCUUGCACUCCGGAAGGAAACGAGCUGAAGAAGUAUCUGCCGGAUGCCAUUGCGACAGGAUGUUCCAAGUGUAACGAGAAGCAACGGGAAGUCACGGCCAAGGUGGCCAAGUUCCUGAUCGAGCAGCGUCCAAAUGAGUGGAAUUCUCUGCGAGGAAAGUACGAUCCCGAUAACACUUUUGCCGAAAAGUACAAGGAUGAAGCUGCCAAGUUUGGAAUCAAGCUGUAAGCACGUUUCAGUUUAAUGACAAAAGCUUACCAAUGGGACAAAUGAUUUUCAAUAAACUUU